AUGCAAAAGGCGGCAACGCGUUCGGCGCGCCGGGACGGGCCAAACGAAAAGGAAAACGAAAAGAAAAAAGAAAACGGUGUUGGGAGAAAGAACGAAUCGGGACGCAGGGUCCGCGCGGGCUUGUUUCCUUGCCCGCCGAAGUCUGUUCAGUUCGUGCCAGACACGGCGUCAGCUGCACAGCAUCCAGCAGCUCGUCCGCACAGCGUCCCGGCGCAGUCCAUAUCGCGCAGGUUUGCCUCUCGGUUUUGGCCGGUUUCUCCGCCCGUGCGCUUAGCUUGUCCUCGGCGCUGGUGUCUUUUGCGGGAAGGGGAACUCCAGUUCGAAAAAGUGCACGCCGUUGUUUGGUGCCUGAACACCACAGCCUCCGAACAGACAAUGACUUCAGCUACGCGAUUAUGUUGCUUCGCAAUUGUCUUGUUCUGCUCAGCCAAGCAUAUCAGAGCCGGCUGCCUUUUCUCGAGCGAUUUCCUCAACUCGGAUUUCAAGUCGAACUUGGAUUCCUCGUCUGAACUUGGAAGCUACGGAGACGAGGACGAGCCCAGACUGAAAGGCUAUGGAUGCCCGCUCUACCCCGAGAAAUGCUGGGAGCACUGCGCCAAGCUAAAGAGAUUCCAGGCGACUUGCGGAGGAAUUCUGCAGAUGACCUGCGUCUGCUGACGUCACAACGGUGGUGUAGAUGCGGCCAUCUUCAGCGCACAUCCAGCAAGAAAUUUAAUUGAAUGCGCGCUCGGACAGCUUGCUUUAAGAUAGUAAAAUCGGAGAGCGAAGAAGACCAAAGAGUACGGGAGCAGGAAGAAGGGAGGUAGAUUGGAAUAGAUUGAAGCUUGCAACGACAACCAGCGGAGGCCUCUGCUGGGAGAUCGCAACUAGAAAACGCGCUUCGACCCUCAUUAUCGCAGGGUGUUGCAGGCUUACAUCAGUUGCUUUCUGCUUCUCAAAGAUAUUCUCUCAGUUCCUAUGAAGAGCCUGGUGCUCUCAGUUUGCUACUUAUCAUAAUUUCUCCUCAUUUUCUGUUAUGCGAGAGGAAGAACUUUGCUUGCAAAGCCGAACUCAGUGGGUGUAAGCUGGUUCUCUUAUUUAUUAUCUUUGUCAUCGCACGCUCAAGUUAACACUUGAAACCAAUACGAAAGAGAGCGCAAAUGACAGAGAACUGCACUCCUCGUGUAUGUGUUGCUCUGUGCCAAACGGCGUCCAGAUCGGUCCGUUCCGUUUGAACAGCUGUAAUCAUUUAGCGCUAGAAGAGGAACUUCGCAUUCGUUCAUUCGAGACACUAUGCUCAUUCAGUGUACAGUUCAGAACAGUUUAGCUUCUAGUACACGAGGAGCUGGUACUUCAAGAAGUUCGCUUACAGAAUUGUCUCUUCUCUUGCAUGAAGGCUUCAUCCAUUAAAGAUGUUCUACUGAG